UUUACAAAGGACCUAAAAGGGGCUUCUAUCUUAUUUUUUGUAUCGAUUGAAUGAUUUAGGCAAAAAAUGCCGAUUUAUGAUUAAAUAAGACUCUGGAAUUGAUUUUCAUUGUAAAUCAUAACUGCAAAUGAUUCACUUUUCUGGUCAUCUAAAAUCAUCAAAUCUCUAUUAUUUGACUUUUUUAGUUUCCGUAUUGUAAAGAGUUUCAUUUUUGUGUAAAAAUUAAAAUGUUGCCACCAAUAGUGUUGAUCUUUUUAUUUAUUAAAUCAAGCCAAGGUAAUCUUCUCGAUAGUCCAUUCAAUUCACCAAAAGGAAAUGUUACAAUUCUUGCAAGCUUAACUGAUCAGUUAACACAAGAAAAUUGGAUUAUAAAAGAGACUCUAAACGUUGAACCCAAAAUUCAUGGUAAAAUUGAGAUAACCCAAGGAAAUAAUAGGAUACAAGUAUUUUAUCAUGAGAAUGACGAUGAAUUUAAACUGGUAAUGCAUGAUAAUGCAUGCUUUGAAAUGAGAUAUAAUCACCAUGGUUGGAAUUCAAUGUUGCCAACUAUACACAAACCGUUACUUAAUAUGGCACUAUUAAUGGGCCCUUCUUUGUAUCAUCGUUUGCAGGAAAAGACGGGAAAAGUUCUAGCGGAAGAUCCUGUCCAAAUAAGAGGAGAAACCAUGCAAAGCGUUGCUAUUUUAGUCGACCUUAAUCUUAGGAUAUCCUUUACAUUUCCAGCUGGCGAGGAUAUCUGGGAAGGAAUUGAAAAGCCCAAAAGAUUGAAGCUUGAUGGUUGGGUAGCUGAUUCCUUUAACGAAUCCCAAAGUAUCUUGAAAGAAACUCUCUUUUUUGAUAUUUAUUCUGAAAAAGAGGUUGAUAAUGCAGGAUUAACCACACCAACUCUUGGUAUUGGAUGUCCGAGUUAUCUUGAAAAGAACCAGAUGUUUCCUCGUUUGAAAGAUGAACAAUUCCAUGUUAAAAUAACUGAAAUCGUUACCAAAUCAGGCAACCAAAAAUGGCAUCAUAAUGGGUAUUACAUUGACACAAAGAAUGGCAUAACGAGAGUUACAUCUUUUGACCAAGACGUUUUAAAAGAAUCAAUGAUAGAUCACAACCUUGGUAUCAAAUAUGAAUUGGAAAGCGAUGGUAAAUGCAAAACCAGCCCAAUUGUGAAAGUAGAUGAUUUGUUUACGGUUGAUCAAAUCAUGUGGAUGGAGGGUCAAUACAAAUACGUCGGGAAAACUAAAUAUGAACAUCGAUCAGAAUUAGUUGAUGUUUGGGAAUCAAUGGAGUUGAACAAAUUUGUGGGCGAAAAUUUUUACGACAAAGUGGUUACAACUCAGCUGCUGGCAAAACAAACUGAUAUUUCUGGCAAUUCAUUAUACAAAUCAGAUUAUCUCCCGAUAGCUGCCGAAAAACGAUUUUACAAAAUCAUUUUGGAUAAAUAUGUUCUAAUUGAGUCACGAAAACGUGAUUUUUUUGAUUUUACAACAAAAACAUUUGGCGAGGCUGAAUAUCAUGAUAAAUUUCAACUCAAUGGAUGCUAUGAUGAUCCUUAUGAGAAAAUGUAUAUAACUCUGCAAAUAUCAAGCAUAGAUUUGAAUUUUUCCGAGAGUAUUGAUUAUGCUGCUGUAAAUAUAAAUCAAUUGCUUGAGACCAUUAAAAGGACAAUUGCUGACAAUCUGAACAUAUCAUAUUUAAGGAUAACUUCAAUCGAUUUCGAGUUUGAAAAGGUUUACAUUUUGGCUCAUAUUGAAAUCGUCGAAGCUCCAUAUCUAAUCGAUUCAUUGGCACGAUCUGAAAUUAAAUUUGAUGUAAACUCGUUCAAUGAUUACGAUAAAGUAUCUAUCAAAGGCCAACAGGAAUGUUUGGAAGCCGCAGCUUCACAAAACGAUGUCACCCAUGUAAUCAGCUGUGGUGACUUGAAAAAUUUGUGCAUUGUAGUGAGAAGUGAACAAACAAUGCCCAAGGAAAGCCAAUCAGGGACAUAUUGUUCAGUGUUUUACAAUCCGUUUAGUACAUUGAAAAAACUAGUUUCUGAAGUCUCUCUGAGAAAUUUGGUUUCCCAUUAUUUGGAUAUAAUUGGCAUUCGAUUUAGCCUUGAUUGUUUAAAUUGCACAAAACCAACUCAACAUCUUUAUUCAAUUGUUAACGCUUACCAAGAUUCACCUUCAAUUGAUACUGAAGCUGAACGGUUGCUAUUUUCUGAUGUCAUGGAUGGAGCCAAAUUGAAAGAUGGUCAGUUGGUGGUUGGUGUUGGAAAUUUAGGAGACUGUUAUCGUUCUUGCUCUAACUCUGACAAAUCACCUUGCGAAACCUUUUCAUUCUGUGAAGUUGGAGAUCAAAAUGAAUGCCUAAUUUCAAACGAGCUUUAUGAUGCAUCGAAAAAUUUGACAGUCGAUCACUCUGCUUGUAAUGUCUAUACGAAAAAUCGUCUCCUUGAUUACCACAAGAUUUCAUCUUUUAAAUUCAUCAAGCCAAAUAAAAAUCCGUUAACAACACGUUCAGUCGAAGAAUGUGCUCGAGCUUGUUCAGACUUAGAUGAUUGUCAUGCUUUCCAAGUUUGUGAUCAUCGUUAUUGCUCGUUUGGUAAUCAUUUUAAUCGUCAAAAUCUUGUUCCAAUCAAAGACUGUGAUAUUUACAUUCCAAAAAAGAUUCAAAAUUAUGUUAAAAAUGCUCAUUUAAUGAUUCCUGAUGUUAUUCAUAGCGAGGUUGAUUUAACUUUGGAGCAAUGUGCAGCUAUUUGCUCUGAUUGGAAAUCUGUUAACUCUGAAGAUCGGGUUGAUUGCAAGUCAUUUAAUUACUGUCCAAAAAGCGAAGCCGAGAGCAUUUGUCAGAUAACAAGCUAUUCAAUUUCAUCCGAUGGUCAACGUAUUUCUGCAAAAACAUCAGAUUAUUGCUCUAAUUAUGAAUUUCACAAUGAAUUAGACAAACAAUCCUUGACAUUGGAAAAACAAACAGACAAAUCUGAUGUUUCAAGCAUCGGGAUUAUUAGCGUUUUUGUGCUUCUUGGUCUUUUAAUUGGAGUCAUUACUCCUUUCAUACUUAAAAUUUUCAAGAGAAACCGGUCCGAACAAGAAGAAUCUAUAACUUUCGAAAAUGAAUUCUUUGACACAACAAGAAUCUAAUCGACAAACUCUGUAAUUUCCAUUUCAUCAUCUAAUGAAUAAAAGACUAUUGGUUCAGAUGA